AUGAUCUUGGUGUGGCUACUUUCUCUUCUCUUCACAAACACCUACGGUGCGGCCAUUCCAUCACAACCGGUAAUACCGACUACCAGCGCUUGUCUUCAAGGCUGUUUUGAAUCGGGAAGUGUGGUGAAUGCAGCAUUCGAUCUACUCAAUUUCAAAAGUAUCGCCAUGGAUAUCGAGAACUUCUGCAGUACAAACGAAGCGUUGCUGAAUUGUGGACGUGGUUGUCCUGCUGAGCUCCAGCCAGAACUCGAAGCUCGCACUCAUGCAAGUUCAUUUAUGUGCAACGAUAAAAUGGAAGAGUUUCGAAUGGUAUCCAAUUGUCUGAAGGGAGUUGACGAUGUCACGUUAAAAUGUGCAACAGAAUGCGAAGUACCGACAGUGAUUCCAUUUCGACUUGACUCAUCGCCAGCUGCAUCAGUUAAUCCGACUGUCUUCUUAGACGGCAUCGCUGGAAUCUGCAGAAGGCAAAUCUGUCAUGUGCGAUGCUCUCAAAGCACAUUCAAUAAGGAAUGCCCCGGAGCUGGUGAUCUAUUCAUGGAUAUCGCCCGGCACCAGGUGCAAAGUGGAAUUGACACUCUGAUCAGAGAGUCGACUAAUGAAAAUCUCACCACAGCUCGUCUUAUGACUGAGAACUACGUGAAAAAUUUGCCAGAAGAUUGUGCUUUCCUUAAAGAUCUUGUGCAAUUUGAGAAGGUGUUUGCUACUGCAGAAGUCAAUAAAGAACCCAAGGAGACUGAGCUAUCAACAGCGUUUUCUAUAGACGUAACGACUACCACAACAGAGGAAGAAACUGUGGAAGAAGUUGCAUCGACGGAGUCUUCUAAACAGGAGGAAGAAGCCACAGCCGCAUCCGAAGAAGAAGAUGAGGGAAUCGUUAUCGAACACCCAGUUGACCAUAUGCCUCCUGCACCACCCAGCUUCGACGAAGAUAAGGAGGAAGAGAAGGAGGAACCAAUAGAAACCUCGUCGUCUUCCGUUUUCACGGAACAGCACCCACUAGACAUGCAGGAAAACAAGACCGAUGUUGGAAUGGACACGAACGCUGUUGAAGUAACGUCACCAACACCGACAGAACCAGUGAUAGUUGUCGAUAACACAUCCGACGACGCCUCUGAUAACAGUAUCAAGGCGGAACUCAAAGACGAAGUGAAGACUAUGAAAUUUGGUCAUAAAGUAAUGCAGAGAGCCCGAAUCGGUGAAAAUGUUCAAGGAAUCGCCAAACGCCGACAGAUGAAGUCAACUGGACCGCAGCGCACGUACGACUACUUUUGUAUAAAAGAACGGCCAUCAAGUUUCCCUUAA